UCUGCUGAGAUGAGUAAUGAGAUCCUACAACUGGAAGCAGAAGCUACUGAUAAGAACGAAUGGAAGCGGGAGAUUACUAAAAAACUUCACCAGAAAGUGGCAACAGGGUCAGAAAACUUGAGCAUUUAUAAAGUCCCAAAAAACCUUCGAAAAGUCAAGGAUGAAGCAUACAACUCUCGUGUUGUCUCAAUUGGACCCUUCCAUCUAGGCAACCAUGCCCUUGUAGCUAUGAGACAUCAUAAAUGGCAUUACAUGCAAUAUUUUUUUCAACGAAUAGAAGAUCAUCCACUAUCCCUCCAAUGUUUAGAAGUGUGCACCAAUGCUAUUUAUGAUUUAGAUGAAAAGGUUCGUGGAUGCUAUUCCGAAAAGAUAGACCACAUUGAUAAGAAUGUGCUAGCAGAAAUCAUGUUACUAGAUGGUUGCUUUAUAUUGGAACUUUUCCUCAGGUAUGAUCAACACUUAAAUAUGAAGUUAGAAGACGAAUCUGAUCCGAUAUUCAAUAGUGCUUGGAUGAUUGCAGCUCUUCGCCAUGAUCUGAUAUUACUUGAAAACCAGAUCCCCUUCUUUAUUCUCAAAAGUUUGUAUGAUUCUAUGAAGUCUCAUCUUAAGGGUACACCGAACUCUGUCACUAGCCUUGCUCUUAAGUUCUUUGAAAUGAACCAAAAGUCAACAAAAGAAGAGCCUGACACAAAAAACCAUCAUUUGCUUCAUCUUUUGCACAAAUUUUACCUCCCAAAUUUAGAUUCCACAACAACAAAUCACCAACUGAAACGCAGUGUUACAGAGAUCCGACCUGGUCAUAUCUCAAUCUCAGUCUCUGUUGAAUUGACUUCUCACAUUCAACAUGUUUCUGCAAUAAAUCUAACUUCAGGGAUUCCUAGACCUGAACAAGCAGCUGCAACCAAUAUUAAAACAUGGGGAUUCAAUUUUAGUGCUUCAAACCUUUUAUGGGCUGGGAUUGAGUUUGAAAAAGGGUCGUCGGAGGACCAUUUGUUAAACAUAACUUUCGUCAAGGGAAUAAUCAGAAUUCCACCAGUGGACAUUCACUUGACAUCCGAUUCACUCUUUAGGAACCUGAUCGCUUUUGAGCAAUGCAGCCUUAGAAGUACGCAUCAUAUUACGUCGUAUUUGAUCCUCAUGAAGAGUCUCAUUAGUUCCACACGGGAUAUAAAACUACUAAGGGAAAGAGGGAUCAUAAAUCUAUUAAAUCACAAUAGUGUUGGAGACCAAGAAUAUUUCACUGAAUUCAAAACUAUAUUGGACAUGGUUGUUGUGAAGGACUUCUGUUUUGGUAAGUUGUGUGACCAAGUGAAUGCAUACUGUAAGUCUUGGUUGCCGUGGAGUAAACACAAGAUAUCGACCAGGGUGCGAUUUAGGAGACAUACAAACUUCCUUUACCGCACGUACUUCUCUAGUCCAUGGAGUAUCAUAUCAUUCAUUGCUGCUGUGGCCCUUUUCGUUCUCACGGUCAUACAGACAUACUAUAGCAUUCACUCUCGCUAA